AAACACUUUCCUGGAUUAACUUGUUUAAUCAUUUCUAUAGAAUUAUGACAAGAAGCCAGACACAUAGAGGUUAAAUAGCUUGUCCAAGGUCACACAAACUUUCCGGAGCAGACAGAAAUGCUGGACACAAAUAAAUUUGUGAUAUAAAUGCAUAUUUCAAUUCAAAAGCAAGAAAGGGUAAAUCUCCAAGUGUCACAAAUAAAUAGGCAAUUCUGUAUUGGUCCUGGUGAGCUGAGGACUUUGUCCCUAUCUUGCUUAUUUGUUUUAAAUGAAUCUUUAUGGGGACAAUAAUCAAAGUCUCUGGACCUGGACACAGCAGGAAGCCUGAGGAGGAGUUACAGCUCAGCAGUAAAAAAAAAAAAAAAAAGCUCCAAGCCCAGGAGAAAUAGCAUCACCAAGAAAGUGAAGAACAAGCAGGGUCCCCACACAUGAGGUCUGACUCUUAGCCUCGUGAUGUCCCGAAAUCACGAGAUGGAAACUGAGAUAGAAAUAUGAGAUCCUGUGAACCCUUAAGACAGGUAGAGGCAACUAUGGGGAGGUCUUCACGAUCCAGGGCACCAGUGGGGACGACUCCCUCCUAUUGAGGAUAAGCUCACACACGAAAAUUGUGAAACAAUUAUAAAACCCUUGAGGAGCCCAACCUGAAGAAGGAAUCCCACAAAAAUGGAAGGUUGAAAAACGAAGAAAUAGAAAUACUAGAAAAAUGAAAAACAUAUGUGUCAUAUUAUUACUUUCACGAGAUUCCAAAGUAUGGCAAUUCAAUUUCUUUUGUUCUCAGUUAGGCAAUAAUGAGACUGAGCAAGCGAGGCAUUCACAGGAAAAGGUUGGAAACAUUUGUGUGUGGAGAAGGGUUGCUAGGGCUGUAACACAACGCCACAGGCUGGAAGGGCUUAAACAACAGAAACACUUUUGUCUCACAGUCCUGGAGGUUAGAAGUCCAAGAUCAAGGUGCCAGCAGAUUUGGUUCUUCUGAGGUCGCUGUCAGGUGGCUGCCUUCUCUCUGUCUUCAUGUGGUUUUUCUUCUCUGUGUGUAUGUUUGUGUCUAAUCUCAUCCUUUCAUAAGGACACUGGUCGUAUUGAUUAGGGCCCCUCCCUGUAACCUCAUUUGAUCUUAAAGACCCAUCUCCAAGUACACUCACAUUCUGAAGUACAAGGAAGAGGUCUUCAACACGGGAAUUUGGGGAUUACACAAUUCAGCACAUAACAGAACAAACACCUUUGUUUUCACUUUCAAGUCCAAUUCUACCAAUUACUAACUAUGUGACUUUGAACUAGUUAUAUAACCAGUCUUUGCCUCAUUUUCUCUUGAUAAACAGUACCUGUUGCACAGGGUUGCUGUUGGAAUUAAAUAAAUUCAUGUAUGUAAAGUUCCUAAAAACGAGUACAAAGUGCUUGAAGAGAAAAAGAAGUAAAAUAGAAAAAUUUAAAAAUAUAUUGCAUUAGAAAUUCUUACUGGGAAUAACUUUAAAUUCCAUGAUUUGCAAGAUGAAUCUCAGAAAAUCACCCAGAAUGAAGCACCAGGGGUUAAAGAGAUGGAAAAUAUGAAAGAAGUCUAAAAAUGCCUACAGAAUAAAUCAAGAAAACCCAAUAGGUGUUUAACAGGUUGUUGAGAAGGAGAGAAUUAAAAUUGGAGGAGAGGUGAGAGUCAAAGAAAUAUCUGGGGACUUUUCAGUCUUGAAGGACCUGAGCUCCACAUUUUAAAAAGCAUGCCGAGUCCUAGGCAAGGUAAAGAAGAUAGUUCACCCCUGGGCAGUCCAGAACGGAGCUGCAGAGUAUCCAAGAUUAAGACACAAACACACCCUAAAAACCUUCAAAGAGAAAACAGAUUACCUUAAAAUCACAGAGAUCCCAGCAAGCCAGGCCCCUUCCUCAGACUCCAGGCCCACUGUGUGCUGGGCCGGAGCUCUCCGCUGAAUGCCCUGUCUCUGCUCGUAGACAUCUGAUUUUUCUUCCUAGCUUUGCCCAGGUCUUGUGCCCCCUCCAGAAAGUCUUCCUACCCCUGUCCCGCCUCCCCUUAAUCUGCACCAUUACCCUCUGCCCCACAGUACUUGGUCCCUGGCUUCACUUCUUCCUUGUGGGUUAGUUUUUUUCCCACCUAAAUCAUAAUCACCUGGACCUCUGGGACUCUGCUGCUCCCCAGUUAGCAUGGUGCUGGUUCACAGGAUGUGUUUGAUGAUUGUUUUUUGGUAGAUGUUGCGCGGGAAGACACAAGCUGGGGCCUCAAACGUCAAUAUUUUUGUACAUUUAACCAACUUUUCCCUAGGGGGUCAAACAUAAGUUAAAUUUGCAAGAGGACCCAGGCCCAUGGGUACCAGCUCUUCGGGCCCCUUUCUCCACUUGGUGAUCUGGCUAAGGUGGAGCCUUGGGCAUCCAUGAGCUGCAUUUCAAAGUCUGUCAUUAUAUUACUAACAAUUAUUUUUAAAAUAAUGCCUUUUUAAACUGUGUGUGCUUGGAAGAGUACAAGGACAAUAGACAUCAUUUGUAAUCCUACCAAUUAAAAUUAAUUAUGAUGUUUAUUCAUUCUAUAUUCAACAGAUAUUUACUAACUGCUUUGUUUGAGACACUGUGCUAAGUUUGGGGGAUGUAACAAUACUUAUUUUGUUUGUUUUUAUUUUUAACAUAGACUUUUGAGUAUAUAAUAAAUUGACAAAACCCACAUUUUUAGCUAAUAUAGCAUCUUGUGUCCUACUUUUUAUAAUUCACAUCAUCUCAGCAUUUUUUCUAGCAUUUAAAACAUGAUUUCAAUUACUCAGUUGUCUAAUGCCCCAUUUUGUGUGUACAUCAUAAUUUCUUUAGUCCUCUACACUAAAAACACUUUAAAACAACUCAUCCUUGGCCUGUCCAUUAGCUGGCAGAAAAAUAAGGAUAAGGAUGUAAAGAGCGUAGCUUCAGAGGAUCCCCUGGCCGCCUGUGGGAGAGGGUCUGAGGGGGUGGUUUACUGGGGCCUUCAUGGGAGCUGACCUCUGAAUGGGGCCCUCCUCUCAGAACUGGCGAGAGGGCAGGGCCUGGAGCAGGAACAAGAUGACCCCACAGCAGUCCUAGCCGGGGGGCAGUCAGGGGACCUCCCAGGAAAAAAGGGGUGAAGCAAGGGUGCACUUGGCCGUGAGCCAGGGAACCCUCCAGAGCUGAACGGCCAACUGAAGAUACUGUGGAAGGACUUUGUCCAGCUGUAGGAAGGAAAGGCCUCCCGUAUCUUCUGGUUUAAGACUAAGACAGAAAGUGUGCUUUGAACUGAACUUGACCACCUUUUGAUUUUUCCAGCUUCUGUAGCCUCACAUGCAUUGAGUACAAUGGUCUGGGGGGAGGUGUCCCCAGAGCCUUGGACAUGGCUACAGUGGAUACAGAAGAAAGGAGUUUGUCAGUGGGGGCUAACCUCUAAUGGGUCUCUGUCAGCCUAUGUGGCUGACAGACUCAGAUGGGUCAUCUCGUGUAAUCCUCACGUUGGCCCCACCUGGGAAGGUGACAUUCAUUUACUCACUAAUGAGCAUUUAUCAGCCACCCAUGAUGAAUCAGAAACUUCUAGAUACAGCUUGCAGAGCAAACAAGGCCACCAAGUUCUCUGAUCUCUAUAGCUGUCAAACUUUAAAUAACAGAGAGAGACUCUGAAGAAUAAUGAGGUGUAUUUGGGAUUGGCAUUGCAAAUGGGAAUCUGUGUGGGCAUAUUCAGAGGGGCAGGGGUAAAGGGAGACUUCAAAGGCAAAAUGAGGAGAAUUAUGUAAAUCACACUGAAACAUGAUCCUCGACCACAGGAUCAAUGACAAAGGUGGCAUCUGUCCAGUCUGGACAGGAGGUUUUUUUCUGUGUAAGGUACAGUAGCCUCUGUGCAAGGCUGGCUUCUGGCGGUCUGGGGCAUAUGUCCUAUGCACUUCUUUAAUCCUGCACUUUUGCAGGCCUGAGGAAGUCCAUUCCCACGGUGCCCAUGUGUUGCUCAAUGCAUCCAUUUUUAGGAGGUGAACUUGACUCAGACUGCCUGGCUCACCCUCUGAUUCAGGCAUGACAGAAUUGUGAUUCAGGCAGACUUCUUCCCAGCUCAGGAGAGGCAGCAUCCUGAUUGGGCCAGGGCUGGGCCUGCAGGGCUGACCUGGUCCCUGGCGCGUGCUUGGUCAAAUGAGUGGGAGGCCGACGUGAGGACUCCCUAGGUGUAUAUAAGCAUGGACCCACAGAGGGGCCUGAGACUGGCGGUGAGGCCAGGGGAAUGCAGGAGCCAUGAGGGCCUUUUAGCCCCUGCCCCUGCUCACACAUCCUGACUUCACAACCAGCCCCUGGAUCUGCUUGGACACCCUCCCUGAGGAUGGAACCCAGUGCCUCACACAUAUGAGAAGAGUACUCUACCGCUGAGCCAAACCCCAGCCCCAUUUUACAGCAAACACCUAAUACAAAGUACACUUUCCAAAUGUUCCCCACGAUGUCUCUGGAGGGCGCGCGGCCAGCUCCAGAGAGCCCCAAGGAGACCUGCCCUGUCCUGCAGAGGGAGAGAUUGUUCCAGUCGGGAGACCAUGCCUACAGAAUCCCCGCCCUGCUCUACCUGCCCCAGCAGAAGACACUGCUGGCCUUUGCAGAAAAGCGAAUGAGCAAGAAGGACGAGCACGCGGAGCUGAUCGCCUUGCGCAGAGGAGACUAUGACGCGUCUGCCCACCAGGUUCAGUGGCACGCUCAGGAGGUGGUGACCCAAGCCCAGCUGGAGGGCCACCGGUCCAUGAACCCGUGCCCGCUAUACGACGAGCAGACCGGGACCCUCUUCCUCUUCUUCAUCGCCAUCCCAGGGCAGGUCUCCGAGCGCCACCAGCUGCAGACCGGGGUCAACAUGGUGCGGCUGUGCCAUGUCACCAGUGCUGACCAUGGCAGGACCUGGAGCCCUGCCAGUGACAUCACCAGCUCGGCCAUCGGCCCCGCCCACAAGGAAUGGGCCACCUUUGCAGUGGGCCCGGGGCACUGUCUGCAGCUGCACAACCAGAUGCAGAGCCUGGUGGUGCCCGCUUAUGCCUACCGGAAGCUUCCCCACCACCACUCGCCCUCCCCAGCCUCCUUCUGCUUCCUCAGCCACGACCAUGGCCGCACGUGGCAGAGAGGGAACUUCGUGGCCCAGGACUCUGUGGAGUGCCAGGUGGCGGAGGUGAGGUCCCGGGGGCAGAGCGUGGUGUACCUCAACGCCAGGAGCUCCCUCGGGGCCCGGGUGCAGGCCCAGAGCACCAACGCGGGGCUGGAUUUCCAGGGGGCCCUGGUGACCCAAAAGCUGCCCGAGCUGCCCCACGGCUGCCACGGGAGCACGGUGGCCUUCCCCAGCCCCAGCUCCCCAGACCAGUGGCUGCUCUACGUUCACCCCACUGACCCCCGGAAGAGGCGCAACCUGGGAGUGUACCUCAACACCAGGCCCCCGGAGCCUGCCGCCUGGUCGCAGCCCACCCUGCUGGCCACAGGCAGCUGCGCCUACUCCGAUCUGCAGAGCAUGGGGCGCGGCCCCGACGGCUCGGCCCAGUUUGGGUGUCUGUAUGAGGCGGGUGACUACGAGGAAGUUGUUUUCCUCCUGUUCACCCUGAAACAGGCCUUCCCAGCCCAGGUCCAAGCCCCAUGAGCCAGCCACCUGCUGGCACGCUCCCCGGCCCACACUAGGUACCCACAGCAGCGCUGAUUAUUUCCCAUUCCUUUCAGUGUCCCCGAAGGUCAUCUCUGGGUCCCUUCAUUAAGUGGCAGAGAGGUCUGCUUCUUGGCUGUCUUUGCCUCCUUCGCUUUCCAGUCUUCCCAUAAGGUUCUGUUUACAGCCAGAAAUCAAAGGAGCCUGGCUUUCCCCAGCCCCUUGGCAGCAAGGCAAGACUGGCUGCACGGUGGCUGUCACUCUGCACGGUGGCUGCCAAGCUGCAGAGCUCAGCCUGCCUGCCUCCCCCCCACCCCGUUAUUGUGAUGUGCUUGAUAAAUGACCUACUCCAGCCCCCUUCUUCUUGGGGAUGCUCAUAGUGUUCCUGGGGAAAGGCUAACCUGAGGAUGUGGAUUAGCAGAGGUGUGUGUGCGUGUGUGUGUGUGUGUGUGUGUGUUUUCUUGUUGAUGCUUCAGAGCAGACAGACUGGGAAACAGCUUUGCAGAAAGGUUAGGCAGGGUCGAGAAUAAUUAAGCUCACUUAAGUCACUGCGUUCCUUUCUUAGGGCUGCCACAACAAAUUAUCUCCAACUUGGUGGCAUAAAACAACAGAAAUGUGUCCUCACCGCACCUCAGGCGAGAAGCCUGAAAUCAAGCUGUUUUCAGGGCCACACUCUCUCCAGAGACUGUCCCUUCCAGCUUCUGGUAGAUCCUGGUAACUCUUGGUAUCCCUCAGCUCGGGGCUGUAUGGCUCCCAUCUUGGUCUUCACAUGACCUUCUCUUGCAUGUUCUCCCUAGUCACUCAUGAAGACGUUUGUCACUGGAUAAACCAGGAUCAGCUCACCUCCAAGAUCCUUGAUGACAUCUGCAGAGACACUUUUCCCCAGUCAGGUCACGAUCACAGAUGCUGGGGGUAGGAGGUGGAUGUAAGUUUUGGGGGCCACCACUCAACCCACUAUGGUCAUAAGCACUUGGUUUUGCACAGAGGACGUGGCUGAAGGCAGGACUGAGGUUCAGAUGGAUCAGAUAGUUUGGAAGAAUCGGGGUGGGGCGGGGGCUGUUAGCUGUGAUCCCUGGGGCAGGGCUGUGGUUCUUGCCAUAAAGCAAGAGUAGGGAGAAGGCUGCCCCUGCUUGUCUCAGGAGCGGCCACCUGAGAGGGAGCCAGCCUGGGUACAGGAGCGACACUUCUCUGACCCCCGGGAAUUUCUAAGGACUGAGUCCUAUGUCUUGGGAAAACUUGUCCCCUGCUCCUGCCAGAGCCCCUCUAGUGGGCGCAGUGACAACAGUCAUAGGUUCUUGCAGCUGAGUGGCAUCUUUGCCUGGCCCAUUGUGGGGGUUGGUCCUAGGCACUGGCCACGUGUCAGGAUGCUGCUUCUCCUGGUGGGGUUCCGAGAAAGCCGGCUGGAAGGAUGAGGGAUUGGGGCCCGGAAUGGGAGGUUAGGCCCCUCCGUUCUGGGGAUGGCCACCCAGUGUCUUCCAAACCACUCAGAAGAGGCUGGGGUGGAGGCUGAGGCUGAGCCUGGGGGCUUGAGCACUUGAAUGGCACCUAGGUCGGCAGACCUCGAGAGGCUAAGGUGGGCAACCCUAUAGUGUAUUAUCCAGCAGGGACGCUUGUGAGAGUCCAGUUACGCUUGGUAACAGGCACUAACCAGGACUGUCCCUGGUAAGCGGGGGGUUCAAGUCGAAGACCCCCCCCCUCCCCGAGGACUGUGCCAGAGGCGGCACCAUUUACUUCCCUGGCAAAGCUCCUCAUCUGUUUAGGCAGAUGAGGCAGGAACGGGAGGGGUGCCUGGCCACUGUCAGGCCCACUGUCCCUCUCCUGAACUCCAGGCUGUCUCUGGGUCAGCGGCUCCCUGCUCCAGGCUGGUUAGCAUCCCCUUGGAGCUUUUCAGCAGUGCUGCUGCCCGUGCCCCACCCGGAGCAACCAGUUCAGAAUCUCUGUAGUGUCCCAGGCAGGUGAAGGUCCCUAAGUUAUUCUAAAGAACAGAAGGAUCCAAACCUACGUGGGCUGGGGAUGUGGCUCAAGCGGUGGCGCUCGCCUGGCAUGCGUGCGGCCCGGGUUCGAUCCUUAGCACCACAUACAAACAAAGAUAUUGUGUCCACCAAAAAACUAAAAAAUAAAUAUUAAAAAGUUCUCUCUCUCUCUCUUAAAAAAAAAAACACUUACGGGCACUGGAGAUCUCUAGAGUUCCUUCUGGUUCUGAGUAUAUACGAAUGGCAAAUUCUUCUUAGCCAAAUUAAAAAGAAAAAAAAAAGCAAUGACUGAUUUGAUUAAAGCUGAAUUGAUCAGCCUCCCAAAAAACUCCAUUAAGAGUGUGCAAAGAGUGCAUCCAACCUGGAAAGCAGUGUAGAGAUUCCUCAGAAAACUGGGAACGGAACCAGCAUUUGACCCAGCUCUCCCACUCCUCGGUCUAUACCCAAAGGACUUAAAAAUCAGCAUACUACAGGGACACAGCCACAUCAAUGUUUACAGUAACACAAUUCACAAUAGCUAAACUUGGAAGCAACCUAGAUACCAGUCAAUAGAUGAAUGGAUAAAGAAACUGUGGUACAUAUACACACAAUGGAAUAUUACUCAGCAAUAAAACAGAAUAAAAUUAUGGCAUUUUCAGGUAAAUGGAUGGAGCUGGAGAAUAUCAUGCUAAGCAAAGUAAGCCAAUCCCCAAAACACAAAGGCUGAAUGUUUUCUCUGAUAAGUGGAUGCUGAUCCAUAAUGGGGGUGGGCAUUCUACAACAGCAUUCUGCUGUUACGUAUAACUGACUAGAACAAAUAAAAAAAUUUUAAACUAAAAAAAAUUUUUUAAACAUUACAAAGAGCUGGGCAUGGUAGGACACCACUGUAAUCCCAGUGACUCAGGAGACUGAGGCAGGAAGACCACAAGUUGGAGGCCAGCCUCAGCAACUUAGCAAGGCCCUCAGCAAUUUAGUGAGACCCUGUCUCAAAAUAAAAAAUAAAAAGGGCUGGAGUAGGGCUGGGGAUACAGCUUAGUUGGUAGAGAGCUUGUCUUGCAUGCACAAGGCCCUGGGUUCAAUCCCCAGCACCACAAAAAAGAAACAAGGCUGGAGUAAAGCUACUAUUUUAUUAGGUAUUAUUAUUAGAAAGCCAUUAUUUGUAUCACACAUAUCUGACAAAGGGCUUGUAUCCAGAGUAUAUAAAGAGACCCCACAAAUCAAUAAGAAAACCAAUCCAAUAGCAAUGGGCAAAAGAUGUGAAUAGGCACCACACAAAAGAAGAUCUUCUCAAGGCUGCUAAACAUGCGGGAAUGUGUUCAACACUCUUAGUCAUCAGGGAGAUGCAGACCCAAACCAUGAGACGCUUAUCCCCUGGGAUGAUAAAAUUUAAAGGAGUGGCAAUAGUGAGUAUGGGCAAGGAUAUGGUGCCAUUGGAACCCCACACAUUUCCAGAGUAAGAUUUGCUGGUACAAUCACUUUGGACAGCUAUAUUUGGUAGGAUUCCCCUAUGACAUGGCAAUUCCACUCUGAAGCACGUAUCUAGGAGAAACGAGUGCAUACAGCUGCCAAAGACAUGGAGAUGUGGCUCUGUAGCCACCUCGUUUACAAGGAAACAUUCACCCUGGAAACAACCCAAAUGUCAGUGAAAAAUAGGAUGGGAACGUAGCUUAAGAGGUGUUUGUACAUUUGGAAUAUUAUACAAUCAAGAACAAACUACUGCUAUACUCAAUUGCAUGAAUGAUUAUAAGUCAUCAUGUUGAGAGAAAGAAGCUGGCAUAGCACACAUUUCACAACAGAGUAUGUACUUAGC